AUGAUGAAGAACAAGCUAAAACUGAGUACGAACAAAUCCUUCUCUAUCGAAAACUGUCGACACCUGAAAAUGAUCGAAAUUGGAGAGGGCAGUUUCAUUGAUUUUGGUCGGUUCGAGAUCACGAAAUGCCCGAAGCUGGAUUCCCUGAAUAUCGGAUCCGAGAAGGAUUCUUGGAACUUCUUCGCUGCUUCGUUCAUUAUUCAACAGUUGGAUAGUUUGAAAACGAUCUAUUUGGGGGAUUCCGCAUUCCGAAUGUCCACCGAAACCUGCAUAGAAAAUCUUCCGCAACUGCGAACGAUUACUCUCAAGGCGAACGCCCUCUUAGGAAACAAUACGGACUCCAGCACUCUCUCCUUGACAGAUCUUCCCGCUUUGGAGUCUCUCGUAGCGGAGAAGAACAGUUUUUACUUCCCUCGCACGAUUUUCUUCUCAAAUAUUUCGAAGAAGGCGAAGAUUACGCUUCCUGGAGCAUUUAAGAAAGUCAUAACGAAUUCUGUCAGCAAUGUUCCUGGCUCGCUACAAAGAAUGAUAAGGGAUGCUGCCGAAGCGCAAAGCGCAUUGAGGUAAUCUAGAAAGCUCUAGAAAA